UCCUUGUAAGGAUAACUAUUAAUAUAUUUGCUCAUUAAUUUCAUGGGUACCAUGGGGCAAGUGGAUAUCCAAUAAUGUCAUCCUUGGCUACUGCAUUUAUUUAUUUUGGUCGGUGCACGUUUUGUGGAAGAAUUCAUGGCAUUCAAUAAUUUGCCAUAUAAUGAAGCCCCGAGUCUCUACUUGUUUCCAUUUCUCACUUGGAAAGAAAGGCAAAGAUAAAGGCUUCACUGGCAUUACUGAAACAGAGAGAGAUGGAGAAGGAAGACAAAGUCACACUAUAUGGAAUGUGGGCAAGUACUUACUCUAAGAGAGUGGAAAUGGCUCUCAGAAUUAAAGGCAUACCCUAUGAGUAUGUGGAGGAAGAUUUAGCCAACAAGAGUCCAUCCCUGCUUAAGUACAAUCCAAUUCACAAGAAAGUUCCUGUACUUGUUCAUAAUGGGAAACCCAUAAUAGAGUCGCUUGUCAUCCUUGAAUAUAUUGAUGAAACUUGGAAAAAUGCUUCUCCCCUUCUGCCUGAAGAUCCCUAUAAGAAAGCCAAAGUUCGCUUCUGGGCUAGUUUUAUCCAGCAACAGUUGUUUGAGGCUAUGGGCAAAGUCAUGACGCAGGAUGGAGAAGCACAAGAGAAAGCUGCAGAUGAAGUGUUUGAGAAAAUGAAAGCAUUGGAAGAGGGAAUGAGUGAAUUCUUUCCGGAGGGCAUUCAGGAUAUAGACGUCACAAAAAUUGGAUUACUAGACAUCUUGAUGAGCACAACAUUUGGGUCCUUCAAGGUUUUUGAGGAAGUGAUUGGUGUAAAAAUUCUUGUGCCUGAAAGAAACCCAUUGAUAUACAAAUGGGUGAUAGCCUUGAAACAAGUUCCAUUGGUGCAAGAGUCACUCUCUCCCCCUCACAAGCUUGCGGCUCUUCUUCAACAUUAUAGACAGAAUACUAUAAAACCUUGCAAUUAGAUAUCAGUGCGUGGAAUUGUUGCUGUUUGUUGUGUUGGGUCUCAUUUCAAUAAGAUAACAACCUUUUGUUAGUGGGGCAAAUUCAACUUUAGUCCCUUUCUUAUGUACCAA